AUGAUUUCCUUGUAUCACUUGUUGUCGUUAGCCUUGGUGGCAUUCGUUCUGCAGUAUGUUGUUGGGAUUUUGUCAAUCCGCCAACGUCAAAAAGGCGCCAAGGUGCCGCCCGGGCCAAAAGGUUGGCCCCUUCUUGGAAGCGCGCCAGCGCUGGCCGCCGUCGACAUCAAUGGUAUUAUCGGAAUUUUUAAGAAAUGGGCAAAGCAACAUGGCCCGAUCACUCAAUUCAGUGCCAUGGGCGACAAACAAGUAAUUCUUACCGAAGAAAAAGAUGCCAGAGAGCUCUUUGUCAGACGAGGAGCAAAGUAUUCUGAUCGCGGUGCUCCCUAUGCCGUGGAAUACAUUUCGAUGAAACAGAAUCCUGGUUUCAGGCCUAAGGACGAUGGAUGGCGUCGCCAAAGAAGCAUGAUACAAAGCGCUAUCAACAUCACCUCUAUCAACAAAUAUCAGAGCCUCAUGGACGAUGAAGCAACUUUCACUGUAAACGCGUUGCUACAGUCACCGGACUCAUUCCAUGGGGAGUUCUUGCGAUACUCCUACUCAGUAUUGACGACUUCCUUGCUCGGCUUCUCUGUCCGCAGUCCAUCUGACCCAUUCAUCCAUCACAAUGAAACUUUCACGGCUGAACUCAUGAACUCUUUCCGUCCUGACUGCUUCCCUGCCAAUGUAUUCCCGGUGCUAAGGAAGAUUCCUAUGUGGCUCUUGCCGAGCUUGAGAACUAUGGAAAGACUUAGAAAAGAGUAUGUAGGGGAGAUGUGGGAUUUCAGAAGCAAGAUAGAGAAGCUUGUCAAGAAUGGCACAGCGACAGAGUCCAUUUAUAAACACUUUCUCCUCAACCGAAAGGAGUAUAGUGUCACUGAUGAAGAGUCGGUUCACACUUUUCAAGCCAUGAUUGAUGGUGGAACUCGCUCCCCGCACAACAAUCUACUAACUUUCUUGUUUCUCAUGAUGGACUUCCCCGAGUGGCAAAAGAAGCUCCAAGAGGAAGUUGACAGGGUCGUCGGCAAGGAUCGAAUGCCAAGCUAUACAGAUAUUCCUCAUCUGCCUACGGUCAGAGCUAUUGUGAAGGAGACUGUCCGAUACAGAAGUAUUGUAGCAGAAAUGGGCAUUGGUCAUUGUCUACAAACGGACGACAUUUACGAGGGCUACUUCUUUGAGAAGGGAACUGUAUUCAAUGCGAUAUUUUCGUCUAUUCUUAUGGACAAAGACACUUAUCCCGAUGGGAAACUUUUCAAUCCUGCCCGCUGGCUUGAGCCUAGUUAUCCGACCUACAAAGAACCACUGACCACGUUCCCCAAUUGCCAAGGCUAUCCGGCUUUCGGAUAUGGCAGGCGAGCAUGCCCAGGCGUUGACUUCGCAGAAAGGACUCUAGUUAUCAUGUUUGCCAAACUGGGUUGGACACUGAAUAUUGAAUGGCCGACAGAUGAGAACGGCAACGAACUUCGCGAGAAAUUGCAGUAUGAGCCAGUUCCAGCUCCGAGACCUUUGAAGUUCGGUUGCAAGCUUAAGGCGCGAGAUGCGGAUCGAACCAAGAUAGUCGAGGAGGCAGCAGGACACCUACACCUACAAUGA